CUUCUACCCAAAGAAAAUCGAUGGACAAGGGAUAUUUUUCAAAAUAAUUAUCGUAUAUAAUCCACGUGCGUUUUGUUUAGUUAAUGUUGCGUGACCUUAACACAAGAGUGGAUGAACUUGACAUGGAAGAUAAUCUCUCGAUGCAUUUCAGAUGUGCAUUUUUCAUCCAUCGCUUGCAAGCUAUACAAACAGAGGCUGAUUUGAAUUUCGAAAAUUGCUGAAAACUUUGAAAACUAAAAGCUCGGCUGCAAUCGUAGUACUUCGUUGUUUAAAAAAAAAUUGUUGAAUAUUACAUUCGCUAAAGGUAAUCGUGUCCAUAAGUAAUUCGAUAGAGAAUCUUGAAGGAUGUUGCAAGUAUGUAUUGUUUUACUCUCGCUGGUAGCAUCUGGUUUGGCAGGAAAUUCAGAUCUUGCAAGUGGAAAUGACAUAGGAAGUAAUAAUGGUUACGGAUAUGGAUAUUCUGGAAGCUACUCAGGUACAGGCAACCCGCCAGAAAAUUUUAAUUUCCCACAUUUCGAUUUCAACAAUUUAUUUAGUAAUUUUCAAAGGUUUCAACAAGAUUUGCAAAGAAAUAUAUUAGCCCAAGCUGAAGCUACCCAAAAUUUUGCUAAAGCAGGAUCACCUACUGGUAGUGCGGGAAGUUUUCAAGAAGGAUAUGGUGGAGGAUACUCUGGAGGUCAAUCUUUUGGAGGAUCUUUUUCGGGUGGUUACCCUGGUGGAGCUGGAUUUCAGUUUAUUCCAGGAGUAGGAGCUAAUUUUGGUUCUGGUGCAGAUGGAGCAUCCGCUUUCGGAUCAAUAGGCCCUGAUGGAAUUCAACAAAAAGCCUCAAUUUUUCCAGAAAAUCCAAAUAUCCCCAAUGUAAAUGUUCGUUUUGGUGCUGAUGGGAACCCAAAUGGAUUUAAGAGUGUGUUUACAUCGAGUUCAAGUAUGACCACAAAUGUUGAUGGCAAACCUAAAACAGUUAAACAAGCUUCUACUACUGUCAAUGAUAAUGGAAAAAUCACCACAUAUACAGCUAAAUAUCCAUGAAAAUAUAUUUAUAAGCCUUAUUUUUAAAUGUAAAAUAUUCUCAAAUUUUAUGCUAAUGGCAAGUACUUAGUUACUUUAUUUUUAAUAAACGUUAGAAUUCAUGUUUUUUUAUUUU